AUGGGAUAUAUUCCCUCAGCAAAACAAACGGUCACUGACAACCACGCUGGAAAGGCAGCAGAAACUUCGAGUAGCUAUGCUGAAGAUUUCGACCGGGACCAGCUUCCACUUUUCCACCAGCUGGCUAGAACUCGGCCUGGGGACCUUGCCCUGUCCAUCUACCAGUCCUCUCUCUCCAGGUCGAGGUUCUUUUUGCUCUGCAUCUCUCUUGUCCUUGCCAGGGCUGCUUCCGGUUGCACAGGACGAUAA